CGAAUGCAGUCCAACAGGUGGCGGUAGUGCACUAUUCAGCUGCUUAGACAGGCGCCAAAAAGCAUCUCAAGAAGAGGAAAAACUCGCGAAAUUAAAAGAGAAUGCUAAAGAAAUAAUAGGCUAAAGUUCAGUUUUUAAUAGUUAAACUACAGUGUGUUUUUAACGAACACUACAGACUUAUCCUGGGUCUGUAAAUUACCCUGUAAAACGAUCAGGAAGACGGAAUUUCCAGGUUUCCUCUAUUGAAUCCUGGAACCGGGGAUGUAAGAACCUACGAACCAUCCGCAGCAUUGAAUUCUCCAGUCCCUCAAUAUAUUUUUGUCUUCAUCAAGUGAAUCAAAGUGAUUCGGAACGUGCCUCACACAGGCCUGAUGGAGGAGACACACCAAGACAAAACGAGAGGGAAAACUCACUCGUUUAAGAGAAAGGACAAAGAACGUGUCACCUGCACUCAGUGUGGAAAGAGUCUAACAAAUAAACAGAGUCUCCAGGGUCACAUGAGGAUCCACACUGGAGAGAAACCAUUCACAUGCAUUCAGUGUGGGAAGAGUUUCAGAGCAUCAUCAAACCUUAAUAAACACAUGCUGAUCCACACUGGAGAGAAAACACACAAAUGUGAUCAGUGUGGCAAAACAUUUUUGAGGGCUUUUGGGCUAAAGAGCCACCUUAGAGUUCAUACAAAGGAGAAGCCUUAUUCAUGCUCUGUGUGUGGAAAGAGUUUCAGACAUCAAGGUAGUUUAAGAAAUCAUCAGAAGAUCCACACUGGUGUGAGCGAGUACAUGUGCUUUAAGUGUGAGAAGACUUAUUUUACUGCUGGAGAAUUAAAACAACAUGAGAGGAUUCACACUGGAGAGAAACCGUACAAAUGUUCACACUGCGACAAAAGAUUCAUUGAUUUGGGAGGCCUGAAAAUACAUGAAAGGAUUCACACUGGAGAGAAACCAUACAAGUGUUCACUCUGCUACAAGACAUUCAGUCAGUUAGGAAGCCUGAAAACACACGAGAGGAUUCACACUGGAGAGAAACCUUACAUCUGUUCACACUGCAACAAGAGUUUCAGUCAGUUAGGAAACCUGAAAACACAUGUCAGGAUUCACACUGGAGAGAAACCCUACAAGUGUUCACACUGUGACAAGAGAUUCAGUCAGUUAGGAAACCUGAAAAUACAUGAAAGGAUUCACACUGGAGAGAAUUCUUUUACUUGUGAACAGUGUCUGAAAAGUUUUGCACAAUCGUCACAGCUGAAAAUACACAUGCAAGUCCACACUGCAAAGAAAUUGUCCAAAUGACAUUGUGUGACUUGUGGAGGGAUUUGUGAGUUUCCAUGGGAGCGCCUUUUGUGUCUUUGCCGAUUUUAUUGUGUUAAAAGUGUUGUAAGUUAGCUUUUCUUUGCUUGGGUUGUUUUCUCUUUUUUAUUGGAUACAUGCUGUUCUUGAGAUGUUGAUGUAGUCUUAGCUCUCGUGAUUUAUCUCUGGGAUGCUGACAUAAGCCUAGUUCUUGUAACCUCAUGGUUGGGUGUGGGGUGUUGAACACCCUAUAAAUGAGCUUAAUAUUAGGCUUGAGUUUUUAUAAAUUGCCACAAUGUUUUACAUCAUCCUGUCAUUACUGUAAUUUAAACAUGUCACUGGUUAAAACAUGUCAAGUUCUCAAUAAAAACGCAUUUU